GGUUCAUGUCUUUCAAGUACAUUCCUACCUGCGAGUUGAGUAAUCAGUAGGGAAGUGGCGAUAAAAGUGUAACCAUCGUUCAUUUCGGAAUAAAACCAUGAGCCCUGUUCUUAUCAUUGUUAUGUUCAUCAACUUUUCCUCGGGAGCAAAUAUUUUGGGAUUUUUUUAUUUCCCUGUCCCGAGUCAUCACAACGUUUUUAGACCGAUUCUCAACGAGCUAGCGAAUAGAGGUCAUAAUGUUACGUACGUUUCACCUUUUCCUUAUAAGCCUGCCAGUGCAAACAUGCGGCACAUAAUGAUUGAAAACCACAGGGAUGAAUUUUCAGGUGUGAUUAAUAUACGAAAUUGGGCCUCCUACUCGGCCAUAGAAAUGUCAUUUUUUCUAGCGAGAUUUACAAAAGAUUUGAACGACAAGAUGUUCUCUUCUAGCGGUGUACAGGAAAUUAUACAUUCCGAUGAAAAGUUCGACGUCGUAUUGUCGUCUUCAAUGCUUUUCCAGGAGCCAGUAGCAGCCCUGGUCCACAAGUUUAAAUCAAUCGGAAUCGACAUACAUCCAGUAGGCGAUGUGGUCGAUGUGAACGAGCUAUCAGGUUUACCAAGCAACAGCGAAUAUAUGUUGGAUUACAAAGCUAAUUUCGGUAAACCAAUCUGGGAAUUCACCUACCGAGAUAGACUUUACAAUAUGUUUAUCCUUAUCGCCACCACCCUGUCGCAAUAUUACAGACUGUUUUUCAUGCAAAAACAGGUCGAUAAAUACUUUAAUUAUACAGGCUGGGAAGACAGGCCACCGAUCGGAAAGCUGGUUGCUAAUAAAAGCUUGGUUUUAAUCAAUUCCCACCAUUCCGUCGGGUAUUCGUAUCCGAAAGCUCCCCAUGUCAAAGAGAUCGGAGGUGUCAACGUUCUACCCGUCAAGCCUCUUCCAAAGGACUUGGAAGAUUUCAUGAACGAAGCGAAACACGGGGUUAUUUAUUUCAGCCUCGGCACGAAUUUCAACAGCUCGACGGAAACGAGCAGCGAUGAGCAGCAAAUAAUUUUUAAAGUCCUGAGUGGAUUGAAACAGAAGGUUCUCUGGAAAUGGGAUGGCGUCCAGCGACCAGGAAUACACGAAAACAUUAAAUUUUCCAAAUGGUUCCCUCAGGGUGAUAUACUGGCACAUAAAAAUACAAAACUAUUUAUAACUCAAGGUGGUAUUUUGAGUCUGUUUGAGGCCGUAUGCCAUGCAGUACCUCUAAUAGUUGUACCAGUCCUCGGAGAUCAACCGAAAAACUCGGACGUCGUCGUGGCUGGUGGAUUCGGCAUCAGGCUGAAUUUUAACAACUUAACCGAGACGUCGUUGAGAUGGGCGAUCGACAAAGUACUCAACGAUGAAACUUACACAAUAAAUGCCAAGAGGAGAUCGGAACUUUUCCACGACAGGCCUAGGGCGCCCCUGGAAGAGGCGGUCUACUGGAUAGAGUUUGUUAUCAGGAACGGAAACGUUCUCCAGCCCAAGUCUGCACUUCUUCCAUUCUAUCAACUCCACAAUUUAGAUAUUAUUUUUACCAUGGUGGUCAUUAUCACCGUGUUAAUUUAUAUUGUUAAAUUAUCCCGUUCAUUAUUCCUCAAAGGGAAAAAAUCGCCACAAGUUUUUAAGAAAAAGAAAAGGUGUCCAGAGAACAGAUGUCAAUACGUCAAGAUAAGCUUCCACGCCAUGACUACAUGGGGUUUGACGAAGGUUGUGACAACAAUUUUUGAGUUGAUGCUCGCUGUUAGUCUGCAGCUGACUGUCAGACGUCUCAAGUUAAUAGUUAUGAUUGACCGGUUCCGACGUCCCCCACCAACGCGUUUCACGAUCUCCAGGUUCAGUGCUUCCUGGGAGUUCAGUGAUGUGGUUGUGGUGAUAAAAGUGGACGCGCAAUUCGGAACGGCCAUGAGGUUAAUUAUUAUUUUGUUUUUAACGACGUGUUUGGAGUAUGCUCUCGCAGCUAGAAUUUUGGCCUUGUUCCCAUUCCCGGCCAAAAGCCACCACAACGUUUUCCGUCCAAUUUUAGUCGAACUCGCCAAGAAAGGUCACCAUGUCAUGUUUGUCGGUCCGAUUCCUGUGGAACAACCGCCGGCAAAUUUGAAACAACUAUUGUUACCAAAUUAUCUUAAAGACUUGACCGAACAAAUGAACUUGAUCGAUUUCGGAAAAUUAAGCUCCCCCGUGAUACCUUUCUGGCUGAACGAAAUGGGUUUGUUUUUGACCGAAAAAGUGUUGCAGUCUGAAGAACUUCAAGGGUUGAUACAUUCCGACGAGAAGUACGACGUGAUCAUGACUGAGUCGCUGUUUUUCCAAGAGCCUUUGGCGGCUUUCAUGCACAAGUUCAACGCGAUUGGCAUAGAUGUCAAUCCCCACGGAGAAAGCGCGUGGAUCAACGAAUUAGCCGGUCUACCUGACAACCCGGCCUACAUGAUCGACUACAAGUCGGAGUUCACCGACAACAUGAACUAUCUCGAAAGGCUUCACAACGCGUACAUCACAUAUUCGACCCUGUUGGUCUGUUAUCUAGGUCAAUGGAGGUUUCAGUGGCUUACGGAUAAGUAUUUCAACUAUACCGGCUCGGAGUCACGUCCGCCCCUUCGUAAAUUCAUGUCAGACAAAGCACUGAUCCUUCUUAAUUCCCAUUAUUCAGUCGGUUACCCUUAUCCGAAGUCGCCCCACGUGAAGGAAAUCGGUGGAAUAAACAUCCAACCUAACAAGCCUCUGCCAAAGGAUAUAGAAAACUUCAUGAACGGUGCCAAACAUGGUGUUAUCUACUUUAGCUUCGGAUCGAACAUAGAAAUAUCUACUCUGUUAAAUUCAGAUCUUGUAGACACAUUCAUGAAUGUAUUCAGAAAAUUAAACCAGAGGGUACUCUGGAAAUGGGAAAGCGACAAUUUGCCAGCUGCUCCAAAAAAUGUCAAACUAUCUAAAUGGUUUCCACAACAGGACAUUCUUGCUCAUAAAAACACGAAACUAUUUAUUACCCAUGGUGGGUUGUUGAGCGUUAUGGAAGCUGUGCACAAUGCCGUUCCGCUGAUCUCUGUACCGUUUUUCGGAGAUCAGGUCAAAAACGCAAUACAGGCCGAAAACGCUGGCUAUGGCAUUAGGAUGAAUUUUGAAAACUUAACUGAGCACAAUUUGUUACUGGCUAUCAACGAAAUCCUCAACAAUCCUUCAUACGUCACGGAAGUCAAACGGAGGUCUCAGCUGUUCCGAGACAGGCCCAACUCUCCAUUGGAAGAAGCAGUCUUCUGGAUCGAAUUCGUGAUCAAACACAAAAACGCGCUGCAACCGCAUUCCGCCCGACUACCGUUUUAUCAAUUGCACAACCUCGACACACUUCUGCCGUUUUUUCUAAUCGUAAUGUUUAUCCUAGUUGUUAUUUUGAAAUUGCUCAAACGUCUGAUCUUGUGUAUUUGCCACAAGAUGAAAAAGAAACCGAUAGAGGCGAAGAAAAAGAAACAUUAGUUCCAGUCAUCCAGACAUUCCAUUUUAUCGUUUUUUAAUGGCUCUAGGUUGGAUAAACAAUAACGUUCUUGACUUAGCCUUUUAUUUCACAUAAAAUUUACAACGGUACUAUUAAGCUGCGGGGAUUAUGAAAUCUACACGGAUGUCCAGUCACCAGCACAGAUCAAAGAACCAAUCAUUCACCUUCCGCCGACCGCAAAUCCAAAAAAAGUUCUUCUAGUAACUUCUCUUCGAGGCUUGGAAUCUCCGACACGGACUGAGGACAUCAGACAAUUUUUACUCCAGCACUCGUGAUCCCGCAGAGUCCGAGAGGUCAGGAAUGCUCGCGUCAGGUCGCUUCCGGUCAGUCUGUUUCCUAAAAUUCACGAGGAUCAUCGCUUAAUUAUACUGUGAAACUAAAACUCAUCUACUCUGAUUAAAAAUAGAAUGGAACAUAAAAAUUUA